CAUUCUCUCACCAACACCCCAACGCAAUUCAUCUUCAUCGGCUCUCUUAAACAAAAAACAAUCCUUUUGUGAUCUGUGUGGCAUAUAUAUACAUAUAUAGACAGAGAGAGAGAGAAAGAGAUGGAGAUUCAGUUGUUCUUGUUCAAGGUUUUCUUUACAACUUCGGUUGUCUUGUUCCUGUUUGCUGUGUGGAAGGUGAUAGACAGAUGCUGGGUUCAGCCUCUUCGAGCGUACCGGAAGCUCCGGAAGAACGGGCUCAAAGGGCCCACCCCAGUUUUCCCUCUGGGGAAUCUAGGGGAGAUGAAGAAGAGUGUCAUGAACAAGAGAACUUCUUCUUCUUCUUCUUCUUCUGCGGCCUCGAAAGGUUCACCAAGUGUGACUCACGAUAUCCACUCCACUGUGUUCCCUUUCUUCGCUCAGUGGCAAAAGUUGCAUGGGAAGGUGUUCGCAUACUGGCUAGGAGUUGAGCCGUUUUUGUACAUAGCAGACCCGGAGUUCCUGAAGCAAAUGUCGACUGGUGUGGUGGGUAAAAGCUGGGGAAAGCCCACGGUGUUCAAGAACGAUAGGGAACCGAUGUUCGGCAGCGGUCUUCUUAUGAUCGAAGGCGACGAGUGGGCCCAUCACCGCCACAUCUUAACCCCGGCCUUUUCUCCUGCUAACUUGAAGGCAAUGUCUGGCUUCAUGAUGGAGUUCACCACAGAGAUGCUAGACAGGUGGGCGGAACUCAUAAACUCCGGGGAGCCCGAGAUCGAUGUGGAAAGGGAAAUCACCGCUACAGCAGGUGAGAUCAUUGCCAAGUCGAGCUUCGGCAUUAGCCAUGAAGAUGGCAAGAAAGUCUUCGAUAAGCUGAGAGCCAUGCAGAUCACCCUGUUCAAGUCGAACCGGUUCGUGGGUGUGCCGUUCAACCAGUUCAUGUCCCCCAAGCAAACGGUGGAGGCUAAGAGGCUCGGCAAGGAGAUUGACACCCUCCUGAUGUCAAUCAUAACUGCCAGGAAGAAAUCCCCCCGGGACCAGAUAACUGCCCAGCGUGAUCUGCUGGGAACCUUGCUGGAAGAGCACCGAGAUGACGGUCGCCUCGGGAAGAAGCUGUCGGUCCGGGAACUCGUGGAUGAGCUCAAGACGUUCUUCUUCGGCGGGCAUGAGACAACAGCGCUCGCGCUUUCAUGGACGCUACUGAAUCUAGCUAUGCAUCCGGAGUGGCAAGAGCAGCUCCGAGAUGAGAUCCGACAGGUCGUUGGAGACAAGGAAGUCGAUGCCUCCAUGCUUGCUGGCCUUAAGAAGAUGGGAUGGGUGAUGAACGAAAUACUUCGGCUGUACAGCCCUGCGCCAAACGUUCAGAGGCAGGCCCGCGGAGACAUACGGGUCCAAGAUGUGGUGAUCCCCUCUGGGACCAACAUGUGGAUCGAUGUGGUGGGGAUGCACCAUGACCCAGCCCUGUGGGGUGAGGAUGUCUUUGAGUUCAGGCCCGAGCGUUUCAGGGACGAUCACCUAUAUGGCGGAUGCAAGCACAAGAUGGGAUUCCUGCCCUUUGGGUUCGGGGGAAGGAUGUGCAUCGGCAGGAACAUGAUGAUGAUGGAGUACAAGAUCGUCCUGACCAUGAUCCUCUCUAGGUUUUCGUUUUCCGUCUCCCCGAAUUACCGUCACUCCCCCUCAAUCUUGCUCUCCCUAAGACCGGCACACGGUUUGCCUUUGAUGGUGCAUCAUCUAUAGAGACUUGAAUGACUAGCUCUAAGCAAGCAAAGUAAUAUUUGGUCGAGCAGGCAAUUCGUUACAAGUAGGAUAUAUGUUUCUUAGUUGUGUUGUUAGAUUAAUUUUAUGUGCAGCUAAGAGUGCGUUUAUUAUGCUCACAGCAGUUGCUAAUAAAAAUUCACGUAAUUGAUUGAGCUUCAAGAUA